AUGUAAAACAAUUACGAUCAACUUUUAGAGGAAACCAAAACUAAAAUUCUUUCUAUUGUUGAAUUGAAACCAGAAAAUCAAUGGACUUUGGAUACCAAUAAGGAUGGUUACGUAAUCUACACCAGAAACAAUCCUGAAAAUGGUCUAAAGAUCAAUAGGACAGAAACAAACGCAGCUGUAGAUCCAGAGGAAUUUGUAAAUUUUGUAAUCGACAUGACUAGAAAGAAGGAGUAUGAUGCUAAUUUUUUAGAAGUAAUAUAAUAUUUUAAUACCUAAUAGGGAAGAUUGAUAGAUAAAUUGGAUGAAAAGACAUUCAUCUUUUAUGCAAGGGGAAAACCUCCUACUUUCUUUAUCGAUGCAAGAGAUUUCUGUUUGUUGAGUAGAGUUUAUAAAUUGGGUGACGAUCAUUUUAUGACAAUCAGUACAAACCUAAAUCUAAUUCAUUAGCAAAAUCAAUUGAGCAUCCUCAAGUACCACCAGUCAAAGGAGUUCAAAGAGGAGAGAUAGUAUUCUCAGCAUGGAUUGUUAAAAAAUAACCUAAUGGACAAACAAAUAUCAUAAUUAUUGGCAAUAUGAAUCCAAAGGGAGACAUUCCUAAGGCCAUAAUUAAUUAGGGAGCAAAAUUCUAAGCAGAAGGAGUUAAGAAAGCCGUUGAAUAUUUGACAAAGAACAAAAAAAAAUGAUUUAUAUAUAAUAAU